AUUACAGUAACGGUAUAACCAGAGGAGGAGAACUUAAGAUAUCAUUUGAGUGCUCAUUCAAUAGAACAGGUGCCACCAAGUAUGCAUCUUGGGAGGUAAAGGGUGCAGCCAUUGUGGAAAAGGUGACGGGUGAAGGUUCGCUACGUUUCCUUCUAGAUAUCUACGAGGACGCAACAUAUGCCAACAAAGUGGUCAACUUUCCCUUUCAGCUAACACUUAACGCUAAUAUCAACAUGCAGGUCACACUGGAUUCAUUAGAUCCAGACCAGUCUCUGGGUGUGGUCAGAAUACAGGCAAAGGACAGUGAAACUGAGGAGGAUGGAAACUUGUCCUACGACUUGGUGAAGGAAGGGUGCAUCGUGGACUCCACCUUCAAGUUUAUUGAAACAGACUCGAAUUUGCAGCCUCAUUCAGACCCCAAAUCUAAACGAUUUAUCUUUAAAGCUUUUAGCUUUUUGGACAGCCAGACUCCGAUCUACAUUCACGCUGUUAUAAAAGUCUGUAGUCUUUCGGAUAACAGUUUUGGCUGUACAGACUUGUGCUUAAAAAACAGACGGAAGAGAUUCGCUGAAGUAUCAAGUGAUCUGAACGGUGAACAGUUCCACAUUUAUCAAGGACCGAUAGUGCCUAGUCAUCCCGUUGAAAUCAGAGUUCCGAUGACAUUUACCAAAACUUUUGUAGAAGAUCAGAAGUUAAACAAUGGCGAGGAACUGAUUUUAGAUGUACAUGUGAUUGCUAAGCCGGUUCCAGAGAGAGUAACUUGGAAGCUUGAUGACACUGACCUUGUGGAUAAUAAGGCCACUAUAUUCAUUGAGGAAUCUUUCGACCCAGCAACCUACAUCACAACGUACACACUGAAACUUGUAGACCUUACAGUGGAACAAUCAGGAGUGAUAACCGUAGAACUGACUUGUAAACUGAACGAAACUAUAUCUGAUUCUAUGACUCUCACUGUGCUUGAUGAGCUGGUUUUGGGAGUUGGUGUAAAAUUAGGACCUGGAAUUUUGACCUUCUUCCUCCUGCUGCAGGUUCUGCUGUAGCACAAUAAGGUUUAUCAAGAUGACUAUAUCGUAAACUGAGCUAACGUUAGCUAUUGUAAAUACUAAAUAG